AUGAAGUUGAGACAUGGGCACGUGCGAUCAGUGCGGGUCCCAGAAUAUGUGGCCAGGAGCCCCAUCACGGUGCAAGAAGCCAAGCGUGAUCUUUCAUCGACCAUGGAGGAGGUGCCCUUGCGGUACCAGACCUUUGAACAAGGACCUCCUAUUCCCCAGCUUCAGGGAAUGCUUUACCGUGUGCACCUCUACCAGUGCCAAACGGCACGGACCGUUCCUGUCAUAGCUGCACAGAUCCACACAGGGUUGACAGCUGCCGUGAAGUUUUUGUCUGGCCUGCGCACAUCUUUUGCAAAUUAUUGGGGCUCUGUAGGUGUGACACCUCAUGUUCAGAAGCUUUACCAGAACAUGGCUACCUGUUGGGAUUUCCCAGCACUCUUGGCUCAUGGUUGUCUGCGCCCACAACAGCAGCAAAUGGCAUGUUUUUUGGACUUGGCGGAGCAGUUUCGACAUCGUGUCUCAGGCAUGCAGUAUCCUGACCAGUUCCCAUAUGUCCAAAAGAAAUGGCCUUCUGCUGUGGAGCUGGAACGUCAAUACAAGGUGUUCCACACAAUCCUUCGCCAGAAUGCCAUGCAACCGAAUUGGAAAAUCACAACUGCGUAUGAGGUUGCAAUGGUUCAGCAGGUGCCAGACAAACUGAGGGCACUGGUGCAACAUGGCUUUCAAUCGAUGUCCUUGGGUCGCCAAGCUCGGCGCCUGCAGGUGAUUCGAUGUGUGGCGGGCAAGAUCUGUGGUUUUCUCUAUCCCCAGGACGGAAGUUUGCGAAUUUGGGAUGCCGUUGUGAAGGUCGAGGCCAGCUCCGUGCGGCGCCUGUCGUUCCUACCCCACAAGAACGCCAGCCAGCAGAUAGACAUUUCGUUGUCGUUUCCGGACAGUGGUUGGCGAGCGCCUGACCCCCUUCGGCAGCUGGAAAUUCGACAAGAUUUGCUGGCGGGAAAGCUUGGCCAAUCGGUGUUUCGUGACCCACAGCUUCUUGUUUGCCGGGACGAUGGGAAGAGGCUGCUCGACAACAAGGGUUUGGUGCUGAUUGGAGAUGGGUUGCAGUAUAUCAGCACGCUGAUGAAGCUUCGAAGUGACAAAAUGAAAGGCGAUCUCGCGCUCAAUGAUGAGAGAUUGGCCAAAAUGUUGGACGAUGGAACUGUCGUUUGUGACUUGGUGCACUUUCAGGACCUGGAAACACGGACGAUAUGGUAUUGCUCAGUGCACGACGAGGAAAACAACAAGUAUAGAAUGACGACCUUUGCCCAAAAGCUGCAUGCAGUGAAAACUGCCAUGAUGAAGAACUCCGACCCAAUUCAGUACUUCGUGUCCAUCCUGGGAAGCGGAUGCCAAGCACGGAUCUACAAGUGGGUGCGAGCGGCUCGGGGCAUGGACGCCGAAGUGCAAGAAGCAUUGAAGUCGGUCGAGCUCGCAAAGAUACCACAGACUUAUUUAUGGGACAACCCGUACCUCAUGGGAACAGGUACAAAGCAGAAGCUCAAGCUGUCGCCUGACCUCGCCAUGCAUGCGCUCAACCUUGUUCUCAACGAGGCCCUUCGAAAGACUGCUGCUACCAGGGCGAGCAAGGCUGAGGCAAAGAAAGCACGCCCAUCAAGAAGAUCCUUUCAAAAGAAAGUGAAGAAGGUCUUUCCAUCGAUAUCCGCGACCGCGCUGGAUGACAGAUUCCAUGAAACAAGGAAGACCUCAGGUGGAAAGAUGUUCCUGGAGCUCUUUGCCGGCGCUGGUAUGGUGGCAGCUGCUGCACUGGCAGCAGGCUACGGCAGCCUGGCCCUGGACAUAAAUGAGGGUGUCGACCUGACUGCAACGCCGAUUCUCGAUGUCGUGGUAGGAUGGUGUGGCUUGGCACACCGUGCAACACAUGGAGUGCAGCACGCCGUGGACGCCGGAGUCGUGCCCGUUCACGUGGGACAGCGACGUUCAGAAACUGCACUCGGGGAACGCGACAUUGAGGGAAUGGUGCUGGCAUUGGCCGAGGGCCAGGGCACUUAUUUGGAAUGGUGCUGGCAUUGGCCGAGGGAGUGCCACCAGCUGCACAAGCAGCUGAUGCAACAGAAGCAAGCUGAUCUGGAGCAGGCCAAAAAGGCUGCCAAGGAGCUUGAAGAGGCUAAGGAAGAAGACGUGGCUGCUGAAACUGAAGCCAUGAAAGACCACGAAAAUGAGCCCCCGGUGCUGUUGCAGGGCAUCGACGUUCCGAUGGAAGAUCCAGUCGUUGUCGCAGCCAAGGCCGAGAGAGAUGCCGAAAUGGCGCAUGUUCAGACAUUCCGGACCAAGGAGGCUCUCCAGGAUCAGUUGAUGAAGGAUACUAUUUGUAUGCGGCACAGCAUCUUGUUCCUCAUCGACUGCGCCAGCUCCAGGUUGAAGAUUCAUAAUCAGUAUUUGGAGGACGUGCAUGCAAUGUUGGUGGCACUCGGCUGGCAGACAUUGGGCAAGCUCGCUGUCGUCAUCGUCCGUGGUCAGCGCAUCGACCUGCUGCUGAAAGUCCUCAAGCGGUGCGAGGAGGUGUUCCGUGCUGACUUAUGGAAGGUCUACUCGGUCCAGAUGACGAGUGGCGAAGUGCAGCAGCGAGGCCGGCCGUCCAUCCCGAGCUUCCUUAUCGUUAUCCAGCGGAACAAUGGCACGGUGCCGGACAUGCCAUUCAUGGUCCAGUGCCUGAAACACCGUGCGACACCUGCAGAACAACACCAACUUCGUUGUCUCAGUCGGUCGUGCCCACUACGGACAGCGGACGAGAUCUGUGGUCUCCCAGAGGUGGGUGCAUGCCCGGUUUCGGAGAUCGCAGAUGAUGACAAGGAAGCCACCUCCAACUUCUGCGAUGCUGGACCUGGAGAUGAUGAGCAGGAUACCGCUGUCGAUGAGCAGGGCUCGGAAGAAGCACAGCGAGAUUACUUGAUCGAUUUGUGGCCUUUCGCACGGCCUGUGCGAUUCUAUGCCCAGCUGUUUCGUGACAUCGUGCAGCUGCCUGGGUUGACACACGUGGUGAGGUAUCCCGACAAGCCCUCAGCAAUAGAAUUGAAAGUUGCUGUACGCCAUGCCACAAUGACCCAGGAAUUCUACACUUUGCUUGACCGGCCACGCGAACACUCCGUGAGGCAUGGGCAUCAGAUUGCAGAGUCUUAUCUUCUGAAGGAGGCCAUGCAGAACGAGCAGCUGAAGGCAACGGUGCAGACGAACAAGCAGAAGCGCGUCCAAGACGUGCCCUACAUGGAGUGUGCAGCACCCUCCCGAGACUCCCAGAUGAUACAGCUGCUCGAUGUCGCUCCAGAUUCUUCAGAUGCCUUUGCAGGAGCCACUUGGAGAAGAUACCAAGCUAGUGAUGACUUCACAAAUCAUGUGGACACGGUGCCUGCGAAGCUGGAGAAUCAGAUGAAGCUGCGGCUGUCGCAGGACCUGGAGGAGUUCGGAUUGAUCGUGCAGGCCACCUCGGACCACGGCAACGGCCUCUUCACUUCCAAAAGCAUCCCAGAAGGAGAAUGCAUCCUGAAGGCCAGCGCGCUGCUCUUCAAGAGCCACAAUACACUCAUGGAGUUUCUGCAGGGGCAUGCAAGCUAUGAGUGUGAUGUGUUGAGGAUCCCCGGUAUCUUGUGCCAUGGUGAAGUCAUCACGAUUUGGGCGGUGCUGGUUGGCGCGGCACGCUACGUGAAUGACUUCACGGGCGUGAAAUCACGCCCGAACGCCCGAUGGGAGAUUAACACGUCGCAAGGACCGAACAGAGGUGAGGGAGGUCUGUUGGCCCUUUGGGCCAACACACGCAAUGGCGUCGGCAUCAGCUCCAGGAUGGAGAUCGUGAGCGAGCGACUUGGCAAAGACAACAACAACGAGCUCGAUGUCGGAGAGAUCCCCAGGGCCGAUCCCGAACUCUCCGAGUCUUCAGAAAAGCCGGUGCUGUUGGAGGAGCCCCAGAAGUCGUUGUCGACCUCGGAGGAUGGGACGGCCGAUGUCGCACCCAGCUCGGAAGAGAAAGCUCCUGUGCAGAAGCCAAAGCCCGAGCCCAAGUCCAAGUCCAGGCAAGGCAAUGAUCAUGAAGAUGUGUUGAAGCUGGAGGGUGCAGUGAAGGUUUGUGAGUUCCCCGAUCCCGAGUGUCAUCUGCUGCUCCUGGAGGAUGGCUCACUUGCUUUGCAGAGUCAGUGCAGCACAAACCGAAAGCUUGCCAAGCACUCCAUGUUGCUUUGGAUUGGUGAGGGCAAGUUAGGAAAAUCCUCGAAGCCACUUGAGAAAGCGCUUGCAUACCAGCCAGAGAAGCGCACUGUGGUGCUGGAUUUCCAGUCAAAGCAGGUGACGACGCUGUCGAACAUGGUCAAGGCAAGCCCCACCAUCACCGAUGUUCUCGGCUGCAAGAGCUUCCCUGCCGGAGCAAUGAGCGGGUUGACCAGCGAUGGCACGUCCUGGUAUCUCAGUGGCAUGACUGAGCUGCAGAUGAAGAUCGAUGUCGCCCUGGUGACGCACAACAUCAAAGAUGUUUCUUGGGUGUGGGCAUUUGCGCCGAGCGGACAGAGAUUGGUGCCACAAGGCAGAGGGCAAGCAUCCCUGCAAUCAUUCUAA